UACAUCACUGAAGCUCUGGGCUGAAGAGGGUGAGUGGCUGAAUCUGGAUGAGCAGUCCGAACUUCUCCUGAGUCCUCAGUGUCAAGUACUAAAGUCCUGGGGAAGACCACCCCACCCUUCUGCUCUGUCCAGGAUGACCCUAACCCUAAGUCUCCAGGCACAGGUGGACUGGGUCUGGCCUUUGCGAGGACUCUUCCUGGAGAUUGGUCCCAGUGUCUGUAAACUUAAAUAGAAACUGGAGUUGAAAGGACGCAGCAAAGGGAUCAAAGUAAAGACGGGAGGCCUUCCCGGCAGCACCUGCCCUGGCCAUGGAGAGGGGGCCUACUCCAGAGGAGCCGCAGCAAAGCCGCCUCUGCUGAAGUUCAAAAUCUCUCUGUGUGCCUCCUAUUCUCAAGAAGGAAAGAAGGGUGACUGGGAGGGCAGCAGUGGUCUCUCUCUCUCUCUAAACUUUUUCCCUUGUCCCCACAGAAUGCCUUAAAUGAAAAUGGCUGCAGAGAAUUCCUCCUUCCUGACAGAGUUUAUCCUCGCAGGCUUAACCGACCAACCGGGAGUCCAGAUCCCCCUCUUCUUCCUGUUUCUAGGCUUCUAUGUGGUCACUGUGAUGGGGAACCUGGGCUUGAUAACCCUGAUAGGGCUCAACUCUCACUUGCACACCCCUAUGUACUUCUUCCUCUAUAACUUGUCCUUCAUAGAUUUCUGCUAUUCCAGUGUUAUCACUCCCAAAAUGCUGAUGAGUUUUGUCUCGAAGAAGAACAGCAUCUCCUAUGCUGGGUGUAUGACUCAACUCUUCUUCUUUCUUUUCUUUGUUGUUUCUGAGUCCUUCAUCCUGUCAGCGAUGGCAUAUGACCGCUACGUGGCCAUCUGUAACCCACUGUUAUACACGGUCACCAUGUCUCCCCAGGUGUGUUUGCUCCUUUUGCUGGGUGUCUAUGGGAUGGGGUUUGCUGGGGCCAUGGCCCACACAGCAUGCAUGAUGGGUGUGACCUUCUGUGCCAAUAACCUUGUCAACCACUACAUGUGUGACAUCCUUCCCCUUCUCGAGCGCGCUUGCACCAGCACCUAUGUGAAUGAGCUGGUAGUGUUUGUUGUUGUGGGCAUCGAUAUUGGUGUGCCCACCGUCACCAUCUUCAUUUCCUAUGCUCUCAUUCUCUCCAGCAUCUUCCACAUUCGUUCCACGGAGGGCAGGUCCAAAGCCUUCAGCACCUGCAGCUCCCACAUAAUUGCAGUUUCUCUGUUCUUUGGGUCAGGAGCAUUCGUGUAUCUCAGACCCUCUUCUAUUUUACCUAUGAACCAGGGCAAGGUGUCUUCCCUGUUCUAUACCACUGUGGUGCCCAUGCUCAACCCAUUAAUUUAUAGCCUGAGGAAUAAGGACGUCAAAGUUGCUCUAAAGAAAAUCUUGAACAAAAAUGCAUUCUCCUGAGAAAAGGGCAAUGCUCGGGAAAGAAACACUGUUUCUCCCAUAAGUGAUUUGGAUUCCAUUGGUUACAUGGAAGAAAUAGAAUUUUUCCUCAAACAGGUUCUUCAUCCCCAUUUUAAGGGUUCUUUA